AUGUUGGAGAGAAAAGUAAAGAUGUUGAGAAAAAGUAAUGAUGAGAAAAAGAAAAGUAAUGAUGAGAAAAAGAAAAGUAAUGACGUAAGAAAAAGUAAUGACGGUGAGAAAAACUAUGAUGUAAGACCAUCAGAUGAUCUACACAAUCGCACAUGGACAGAAUAA